GGACUUCGGAAAUUUCAUCCAAAUCUGCAAGGCCACGAGUCGGCAAUUUCUGAACUCGAAAUCUUUGCAAGCGAAUUUAUGGAUGCCCUCCGCUUCGACCUCAGCUCUCCCACCACCUUCAUGUAGUAUGACAGUAUUACCAUCACUACAGCAUCAACAACAUAGGCAACAUGGGCAGCGUGAGAAGCAUGGACUCUAGCAGUCCUCCCGUUGUGGUACCCGUCACAGUCACAGCGGAAACCAAGGGCCAAACACCAUCUCUUAGUCAGGGUGUCGCGAAAACCGACAUCAGCGAAGACAUCGAUCCCGCCAACGAGGUACAGGGAGUGCGCUUGCUCCUGAUUCACAUAUCGAUCUGUCUCUGCACCUUUCUGAUCGGGCUGGACUACAAUCUCCUUGCCACGGCCGUUCCCGUCAUCACAAGCGAAUUCAACUCGACGCGCGACAUCGGCUGGUAUAGCGCCGCCUUCAUGGUAGCCAUGUGCGCGAGCCAGCCCCUCGCUGGCAAGACGUACACAUUGUUCCCGAAGAAGCUUUCGUAUUUGGUCUACCUAUUCGUGUUUGAGCUAGGCAGUCUUGUAUGCGCGUUAUCGCCAUCUUCACGCGCUCUCAUUGCCGGUCGCGUUGUCACCGGAUUCGGGGCUUCAGGGGUCCUCGCUGGUGGGUUUACCAUCAUUACCACCAUUAUCCCACUACAUAAACGCGCGGUGUGGGCUGGUGCCAUGGGAUCGACGUUUUCCAUCGCGAGUAUUAUAGGCCCUGUCAUAGCUGGCGCUCUAACUCAGAAUGUUACUUGGAGAUGGUGCUUCUAUAUCAACUUACCGAUCGGUGGUGCUGCUGCCAUCAUAUUCUUCCUCUUCGUUCAUAUUAAGCGCACAAAGACCGAGGAUAAGACCGCAUGGGAAAAGGUGCAAAGUCUUGACAUUCUUGGCUUCGCUUUUUUCGCAGGGUCUGUUUCUAUGCUUCUGCUGGCACUUCAGUGGGGCGGCGUUCAGUAUGCGUGGUCGUCGUCGGUCGUUAUUGGCCUGUUUGUAGGCUUCGGCGUAGUCAUGAUUCUUUUCGUGGGUUGGACCUACUGGAAAGGAGAAGACGCUCUGAUUCCCCCGCGACUAUUCACCAUAAAUCGAAACCCGGCAUUACUGUGUACUGCCUCCUUUUUUAUCAAUGGCCCAUUUCAGAUCAUCAUUUACUAUCUUCCGGUUUGGUUCCAAGGAGUCUUGGGGUCCUCCCCCAUUAGCAGUGGGAUCAACUUCUUUCCCACGGUAAUUUCAGAUGUGCUUGCGGCUUUCAUAGGCUCGGCGAUGGUCACGCAAAUGGGUUGGUGGAACCCGUUCCUGCUUUUCGCUGCAGCUAUGGUUUGUAUUGGCGGUGGGCUACUUACAACUAUCUACCCUGAUAUCUCCGGAGCCCAUUGGGUAGGAUACCAGAUCUUCGGAGGUAUCGGCUACUCAUUAGCGACUAAUCUUUCUCAUAUCGCGAUGCAGUCCUCACUGCCGCAAGAUCUUGUCCCGCUUGGUUCCUCUACUCUUUUAUCCAUCAUUUCAACUAGCUGUGCCAUUUUUAUGGCUAUCGGACAAACCCUAUUUCAGAAACGACUUCAAGUGAAUCUUGGGGCCAUAGUAUCUAAUGAUACAGUGGAAGAGAUCAUUAACUCUGGAGUUACUAACAUCCAGACACUUGUGAGUGCUUCUGAUCUACCGGCAGUGAUUCAGAAAUAUAGCUUGUCUAUCACGCAAGUUUUCUACAUCCCAGCAGUAACACCAGUUCUUACAUUCUUGAUUCUACUUGGCUGCAAAUGGAUCUCAACAAAGAGCAAGCAAACUCCGACUCCUGCGACAAAUAGCAAUGAAAAGAUGACCUCGGAUCAAGAUGAUGCGGUGUGAUACAGGACAACAAUAAUAGGGCUGUUAACUUUUAUAGACAAUGAUAAUUUAGAAGCAGGAUAUGAUUAUUAUAUUCUGUUGAUUGGAAGAUCAAGUACUCGUUCGAAGAUAGUACCCACACAUGUACCCCCUGAAUACAGGGGGCUUACUUCUACCCGCUUAAUUUUCCGACGGACUGGACAUGUAAGGGAUAGACUUAAGUAGAUACUUGUACGUAUAAAUAUUUGGAAC